CACUCGGCCGCUGGUUGGCUGCGGGCGGGGCGCGGCCGGGGCGUAACUGGCGGGGUCCAGCGCGAGCCCGGCUGUCUAGGGGUUCUGUGCAGCGUCCCGCCCUUCCCCUCUGCCCACCUCUGCGGGCCCGGCGACCCCGGCCAGGGAAAGGCGAGCUGCGACUGCCCAGUUCAUGCUGGAAAAUGGCUGGUUCAGCAGAUUUCAACCUGAAACUCGUCCUGGUCAGUUUUAAGCAGUGUCUCAACGAGAAGGAGGAAGUACUGCUGGACCACUACAUCACCAGCUGGAAGGGGCUGGUCAGAUUUCUGAACAGCCUGGGCACUGUCUUCUCAUUCAUCUCCAAGGAUGUAAUCUCAAAGCUCCACAUCAUGGAGCACCUGAGGAGCGGCCCUCAGUGUGAGCACUACACAAGCCUGCAGUCCAUGGUGGCCUACGAGAUGGGGAACGGGCUAGUAGACCUGGAUCGCCGCUCCCACCACCCCAACUCAGGCUGCAGAACCAUGCUGCGCCUGCACCGGGCCCUGCACUGGUUGCAGCUGUUCCUGGAAGGCUUGCACACCAGCCCUGAGGAUGCUCGCACCUCCACACUCUGCCUUGACUCCUACAACAGCUCACUGGCUGCCUACCACCCGUGGAUUGUGCGCCAGGCUGUCGCAGUGGCCUUCUACACCCUGCCCUCACGCAAGGCCUUUCUUGAAGCCAUGAACAUGGGGUCCCCUGAGGAGGCUGUGGAGAUGCUAGGCGAGGCCCUACCUUUCAUCAAGCAAGUGUAUGACAUCUCCCAGAGGGUGUACACUGAGCAUUCCCUGCUGAACCUGCCCUAGCAGCUGGCACCCAGACCAGGCAGCUCCCCCUGCUGCAGGACUUGGGCAGGCCAUGGCCUGCACUCUGCACACAGCUUUUUGGGUACCACUGUCACCCCUAUGAGCUGAACUUGCUGGAUGCUGUGGGCUUGUGCCUCUCUGAGCUGUGAUUUAGCCCUCAGCCUCAGUUACACACAUGCUCGGUUCAGGCCUCACUGAGAUACAGACAGGUUGGGCAGGGCAGGACUUGGCAAGCGCAGCGGCCAGAAGUGUCCUCUUCCUGCAAAGUGUGUGGCCACAGGCCCCCCCACCUUUUUUUUUUUUUUUUUUCGGAACUAGGGAUUGAACUCAGGCCCUUGUUCUUGCCAGGGAAGCACUUACUCUACUAAGCCAUCUCCCCGGCCCCCACAGGUCCCUUGAUUACAAAGCCUCUGUCCUCCUCUAGCUGCAUGCUUAGUUUCCCAUGCCUGUCACAGGCCCAGGACACAGAAGGGAAGGAUAUCUGUGCUGGACAGGCAGCGGCAGCCUCUUCCAUACCUCAGGUGGAGGUAUGGGCAUGGUGGGCUCUCUUCUUGCCCUUUACCUCUUCCUUGUUGACCUCUGCAUGCAGAACAUGACAGCAGCUUUCUAUGGAGGGCCCCUAGAAAGUCCUGGGAAGGUCUCCAGAGUCCCUGUGGCCAUCAGUUCCUAAAGGGCAUGUUACAAGGCACCCAUAGCUCAGCCUGAGGUCCUGGGAGCUGAGCCAGGCCUUGUCCUCCCCAGCCAGCACCCUGAAAGAUGCCACAUUCUUUCUCCCCUGUCCAAUUGCCCCUGUCCCCAGUUAUCAGGACACCCUGCUGGGGCCUGGUGUGGGGAGGGGCCAGGCCUGUGCCUACCUUCCAGCCACCAUCCAGCACUUGGGGACCUGGCCUAUCCAACUGGCUUUUACACUAGAUCUGGACAGACCAGGUUAGUAUCCACAGGGCAGCAGGUGCGUCAGUGUGAGCUUACAGGGUGUCUGGUCUCUGUUGUAUGUGGUAUUUUCCAGAACAAUAAAACUACUCUUAUGGGACUGGG